CUUUUCAGAACUUCAGAUAGCACUGUAGGGAUUGGGGUGCAGCACAAGACUGAGAGAUUUUAUCCAUUCCAAAUCUCAGAGCCCUGGAGAAGUAGAUGACUUGAGAAUGUGGACUUCAUAUACUGGACAAGGUCAUUACUGGGUGUAUUUGAAGAAGAUGCUACAGCUAUUUCCAAUUACAUGAACCAAUUGUAUCAAGCUAUGCAUCGGAUUUAUGAUGCACAGAAUGAAUUAAGCGCAGCAACACACCUGACUUCAAAACUUUUAAAAGAAUACGAAAAACAGCGGUUUCCAUUGGGAGGUGACGAUGAAGUUAUGAGCUCUACUUUACAACAGUUUUCAAAAGUUAUAGAUGAGCUUAGCUCUUGUCAUGCUGUACUUUCAACUCAACUUGCUGAUGCCAUGAUGUUUCCCAUUACCCAGUUUAAAGAACGAGAUCUGAAAGAGAUACUGACAUUAAAGGAAGUAUUUCAGAUUGCCAGUAAUGAUCAUGAUGCUGCAAUUAACAGAUACAGUCGACUGUCAAAAAAGAGAGAAAAUGACAAGGUGAAGUAUGAAGUAACAGAAGAUGUGUACACUUCCAGAAAGAAACAACACCAGACCAUGAUGCAUUAUUUUUGUGCAUUAAAUACUCUACAGUAUAAGAAGAAAAUAGCAUUGUUAGAACCUCUACUUGGGUACAUGCAAGCUCAGAUAAGUUUCUUUAAGAUGGGUUCUGAAAAUCUCAAUGAACAACUGGAAGAAUUUUUAGCUAAUAUUGGAACGAGUGUCCAGAAUGUUCGCAGGGAAAUGGACAGUGACGUAGAGACCAUGCAGCAGACAAUAGAGGAUUUGGAAGUAGCCAGUGACCCCUUAUAUGUGCCUGACCCAGAUCCCACCAAAUUUCCUGUGAAUCGAAACUUAACUCGAAAGGCUGGAUACCUUAAUGCUAGGAAUAAAACAGGCUUGGUGUCAUCUACCUGGGACAGACAGUUUUACUUCACGCAGGGUGGAAACUUAAUGAGUCAAGCCCGUGGGGAUGUAGCAGGAGGUCUGGCCAUGGACAUAGACAAUUGUUCAGUGAUGGCUGUGGACUGUGAAGACAGGCGGUACUGUUUUCAAAUCACCUCUUUUGAUGGAAAAAAAUCUUCAAUUUUACAAGCAGAAAGUAAAAAAGACCAUGAAGAGUGGAUCUGUACAAUAAACAACAUAUCUAAACAAAUAUACUUAACUGAGAAUCCAGAGGAAAUUGCUGCACGAGUCAAUCAGUCUGCUCUGGAAGCUGUCACCCCUUCACCAUCUUUCCAGCAGCGGCAUGAGAGCCUGCGGCCAGCAGGACAAUCUCGACCACCAACAGCUCGGACCAGCAGUUCGGGAUCCUUGGGGUCUGAGUCCACAAAUUUGGCUGCACUCUCUCUAGAUUCUCUUGUUGCCCCAGAUACCCCAAUUCAGUUUGACAUAAUUUCUCCUGUGUGUGAAGAUCAGCCUGGCCAGGCAAAAGCCUCUGGCCAGGGAGGCAGGCGUACAAAUCCAUUUGGAGAAUCUGGAGGAGGUACAAAAUCUGAAAGUGAAGAUUCUAUUCUUCAUCAGUUAUUUAUUGUCCGAUUCCUUGGUUCUAUGGAAGUGAAAUCAGAUGACCAUCCAGAUGUUGUUUAUGAAACGAUGCGCCAAAUCUUAGCUGCCCGAGCCAUCCAUAAUAUCUUUCGUAUGACAGAAUCACAUUUAUUAGUCACUUGUGACUGUUUAAAGUUAAUUGAUCCACAGACACAAGUUACAAGACUGACGUUUCCAUUACCCUGUGUAGUUUUGUAUGCUACACACCAGGAAAAUAAGCGGCUUUUUGGAUUUGUUCUUCGGACUUCAGGAGGGAGAAGUGAAAGUAAUCUAUCAUCAGUCUGCUAUAUUUUUGAAUCAAACAAUGAGGGGGAAAAGAUUUGUGAUUCCGUUGGACUGGCAAAACAAAUAGCUUUGCAUGCUGAACUGGAUCGCAGGGCAUCAGAAAAACAGAAAGAAAUAGAGAAGGUGAAAGAGAAGCAGCAGAAAGAACUCAGUAAACAAAAGCAGAUUGAAAAGGACUUGGAAGAACAGAGUCGUUUGAUAGCUGCUUCCAGUAGACCAAACCAAGCCAGUAAUGAAGGGCAAUUUGUUGUCCUUAGCAGUAGCCAGUCAGAAGAGAGUGAUUUGGGAGAAGAAACAAAGAAGAGAGAGUCAGAAGCAUAAACUUACCCUUGCUUUUUGAUUGGUAAUUCCUCCUUUGGAAUUUGACAAUUUCUGUGGUGAAAUGGCACAAGGUAACAACCAUGUUGAAAUACCAAGAAGGAAACUAAGCUUUAUAUGUCCUCGUUUUAGCUUCAUUUUUAAAGUAAGCUUGAACUUGAUGACUUAGGUUUGCCUUGAGUUUUUUUUUUUUUCCUUAAAAAUAAUAUACUAUGCAUUAACAUUAAAAUCUGCGUGUUUAAAAGACACUUAUCUCCCUGAAAGAGAUUACUGGGGAAUUAAACUUGCUCAAGUGUUUUUGUCCUUCAAAUUUUUAACUUUUUAUCUUACACUGUAAUUGGCUAUGAACAUAAAAGUAAUUUAUUCUUCAGGUCUGGCUAUUCAUGGAUAUGCUCCCUCUUCAUUGGGAAUGUUUUGCUGGCAAUGAGGAAACAUUCAGUUGAAUAAGUUUAAAAUCCUUUAUACAGAUAAAUUGAUGAGUUUGCAAAUAUUUUAACAAUAUUAAAUGUGCAAUAGAACUUUUACAAAAGUAUUAGAGAUCUUAGUCUUCGGGUUUCCAGUUGUGGCCAGUGGUAGUGGUGAUCUGGGGGCACUUCCUUGAUUGCUCACAUUUCUCUGGUGUACUGCACGUGAUGCCAGUAGGAAAGCGGUUAAUGUCUUCUGGUUCAAGAUUGGGACAGAUGUUGGCAUUUUAUUAUCACUUCUCAGUUCUCAGGUUGGGACUUCAAUUAUUGCUGCAGAGCAGUAAUGGUUAAAGUAAGGUUUUGGAGUUUAUUAGAAGAUGUUUUUGCUCAAAUGCAUUUUAGAUUAGGACUGACAUGUAAAGAGAUUGUUAUGGGAUAAUACAUUGCAUUUUCUGCAUUGUAUGAAAUAACUUUUAUUGAUAAUCAAGUGACAUUUCAAAAGAAGUUCUAUAACAGUUAUGUUUAAAGGAAAAAUUCCCAGAGUUUAGUUUAGAAAAUGUAGUCUUAAAUUUCAGACUGAGAGUCCCCAUAUUUUCAUAACGCUAUGUUUUGAUAAAGUACUGAAUCAUCACUUUAUAUCCACAAAGCCACUGAUGUAUGAGAGUAGAAUAGUUUGCACUAAUUAUUGUAAAUACCUCUACUCUUCAAGUGAGUCAAAGGUCUCAUUCCAUGAAAGACUCAAAGUGAAUGUUUGGUGUGAUAUAGGAGAAGUUGACCAAGGAAGGACUUUAGCCUGGUGCCAAGGUUAAAAUGCCAUUUCUCUACUGCCUGUCUUCUCUGUCAAAACUUGAUUUCUUUUUCUUUAAUCAGAUUUUUAAUAUUGCUCAUAGAAAUGUGUUUAACUUGUACAAGCUCAAUAUAUUGAAUAAAAUAUUUUACAUAGCCAUAUAUUUACAAAUUUUCAACAGGUUAGUUGCUUAGACUAAUUUCACUAAAGAAAAUCCUUUUGUUCAUUGAUAUAGUUUUCUUAGUUCUAAAUUAGGAAUGGCAUCUGUUCUAGUUCUCAAAAUAUAGCUCAGUUGUCUCACACUUCGUAUGUACGUUGUUUUCUGUAGGAAGGAAGAAAUAUAUAUAGGAUUCUGAUAUUCUUUUUAUCCGUGUGCCAAAUGGGAGUAAUAGUUAGUUAAUAUUCUUAAAAGCCUUACGUUUCGAACACACAGACUAAAGGGAAUGCUUUCACAGCAGUGUAUCAUUCCUUUUCUUGGAGUUGAAAUUUCUUCUGUGGUCAGUAGUUGAUAUGUCAGGGCCAGUCCUGCUUUUAAGAUCUUUGAGAUUGGUAAACUUACUGUUUCAUUAAAUCUUGUUAAUAUUACACUUAGAUAAUCUCUGGCCCUACGAAGGUGGUGGUCGGCUCAAACUUUGCACCAGCCAAGUACUGUCCUUUGUUAGCCCUCUGGGUCAAAGUGCAGGCUAGAGUUAAGGGUACUGGCAGAUUUAGCUCCUUUUAAGUCCUAUAGUCAUAGGAAUUUCCUUAAAGACACACCCAUGCCCCGAGGUCAGAGCAAAAGGCAUUCCAGUGCCAAGUACAAAUUGACCAGUUGAGACAGCCUUAGAGGGUGCACCUUCAAUUCCAUUACUAUUGACCUGUUUUAUGACUGUACCUUUGUAAGCAUCAACCUUAAAAGCUCUGUUUUGUUUAUAAAGACAGUGCCUGUGAGUUUCUGCCUAACGGUAAGGCUCGUCUUGUUCUGUUGCCCUCCGAGUUCUGUGAUACUUUAAUGGUGAUUGGAUUAGAUGGGGGCCACCUUUUCCUGACUGAAACUUAGACUUAAUAGUUUUAGAAAUUAACACAACUACUUUAAAAGGGCAGAAGUUAAGCUUGUCUAGUUCUGCUGCACCUUCUACCUACAGGAACAGUACGUUAACUAAGGUAAUGAAGUCAGUAGACAGGAAACCAGUUAUUGCUUCUCCCUUUUAGCGUUCUGAACACUUGGCAACAGGAAGCUGAAACUUGACCGUGAACAGAAGCUAGUCUAGCUUUUGCUGCAUCUGCACUGAUUGUUUGACUUUUGAAAGACUUCCUAGGCUCCAUAGUCUGGAGGUGGUAGAGUUGUUUCCAUUAUGUUUGGGAAAAGGACAGUAGGAUGUGUGUGGCAUCUGAGGUGACACAUCUUAGUGCUAAGGUAUCUGGCUUAAUUUUCACAUAAGAACCACUUAAAAUCAUCUUACAAAUGCUGGUAGUAACGAACAGCUAAUAUACUGUAAAACUUUGUGCUACCUGAGUAAAAUGAAAAUACUGGUUUUGAUAACAGCCUCCUAGCAUUCAAAUUGUACUUUAAAUAUUUAAAUUCACCAAUCGUAACAAGCAAGUCCUUCAUUUUAUUUUUUACCAAGUUUUACUCUUAGCUUUUUUUUCAUUAAUACAUCAAGAUUUGAAACUGGAACCAUAUUAUACUUUGUAACCAAUCUCUCAUGGCUGCACUCAUAUGUAAUUUACUUCAGUUAAUAUGAGCACUGAGGAUUAAGUUAAAACUAAUGUGCAAAAUUGCUUUGUAUAUUUGGUGAUUUUGUAAUGUAAGUGAAUUAGUUAAUUCUUAUUUCACUGAUACUAUUAAUCUUGCAGUGUACAAUUACAAAUCAUGCGUUUCCCUUUAAAAUUGGAUUUGAAGAACUCAACUUCAUGUGAUUGUGGAGAACUUAUUUUUUCAUUUUGUCAAAAUAGGUAUUUGCUGAUAACAAGCCUUCAGGAAAUACAUUGUUAGAUUUUUUAAUGUAUAAUAAAGUCCAUGAUUUUUGUACAGUCUUUUUUGUAUGA